AUGAAGUAUUUCACCUGCUUAAUAUUAUUCUCAUUGGUUCUGAGCUCCAUGUCCACUAGCUACAAAAGUUGUGAUGAACCAAUCAAGAGCGAGAUUGAAAGCGUAACUUUAUCGAGCUGCCCUACUCCAGAAAAUACUUGCCCAUUGGUCAAGAACACGAUUGAGACUACCACGAUCCGAUUUAAAUCCCUCGUCGACUCCAGCUCUGUUACUGCUGUUUUGCACGGAUCGAGAAUGGUUAAUAGAGAAGUGGUUGGAAGUGAAGAAAAUAUACCAUUAGACCAUCCAGAUGCAUGCAAAAGUGGUUUAUCGUGUCCCAUUUGGAAGGGUCAAGAAUACACCUACAUGAAUUCGGAAAAUGCUACGAUCCCCGAUUACGAUUAUUUAUCAAAAUUCAUGCUUAAAGAUGACAGAGGAGAAAAUAUUGUGUGCUUCAUCAUUCCUGUGGAAUAUGUAAAACAAUAA